AUGUAUGAAGAAGUCAAAUUUGGGAAGAUAGUUCUUAGAUCAUGGAUGAUAUUUAUUGACAAGGCCUAUUUGAGAGAGACCUUGAAAGAUUAUGCAGUUCCGAAAGGCUUUACAAUUACUGUGGUGGCUGCAGACAGCAAGAGGUACACUGUAACUUGCUUGGCCCAAUGUUGUGAGUGGAGGUUGCAUGCUAGUAGGCUGCCAGAUGGAAAGACUUGGGCUAUAAAGAAGAUUUGGCCAGAUAAGCAAGCCACCUUAUAUAGGUUGAAGAGAUAUGUUGUUCAAGAGAUAUUUGGAGGCCAUUAUGAGUCAUACAACCACUUACCUAGAUAUGCUGAAGUUAUAAUGAGCACCAACCCAGGUUCUAAGGCUUUUGUGGCAUGGCAUGAGAGUGAAACCAUUCCAAGGGUUAAUUUGUUCAGCAGCAUAUUCAUCUCAUUUGCUGGACAGUGGCAAGGCUUCCUAGCAGGCUGUAGGCCAUUGAUUGGAGUUGAUGGUGCUCAUUUCAAGGGCAAUUAUGGUGGAAUUUUACUAUCUGAUGUUGUCUUGGAUGGUAACAAUGAGAUAUACCCAGUUGCAUAUGCAGUUGGUGUUGAUGUUGCAUUGAAAACUGUUUGGCCUGAAGCUAAGAGAAGGUAUUGUUGCAGACACUUGAGUAGAAAUUACAAGAAAGCUUUCCCAGGUCCACUCAUGUACACCCUUUUUUGGAGAGCUUGCAAUGCUACUAACAAAUUCACAUUCAGAAAGGCAAUGGAGAGACUUCAAAAGGAAGGUGGGGAGGAUGUCAUGACAUGGUUUGCAGCUUUAGGCCAUCAAUCAAAGUGGAGUAAACACAGAUUUGAUCCAAAUGUGUGCAAUGACUCAAACACUUCAAACUUUGUUGAGAGUUUUAACUCAACACGUGGACCUGACAGAUGCAGGCCAGUAUUGACUUUACUAGAAGGUAUAAGAAGAGUGUGCAUGGUCAGGAUAGCUUCAAGGCAUGAGGCUGCAAUGGACUUGAAUAAUGAUGAACUCUGCCCCAAGAUAGCAAGAUUGGUCAGAGAGAUCAGCAAAGCUUCUACAACCUGUAGAGCUUUCCAGUCAAGCCCAGGGGAAUAUGAGAUUCAUGAGGGUAAAUCACAGUUCCCUCUAAGCUUAAAUAGUAAGAUUUGCUCAUGUGGAGCUUGGCAAUUGUCUGGCAUACCUUGCAGACAUGCUAUAAGGGCAAUGACUCAUGCAAAAGUUGACCCUCACAAUUAUGUCAGUUCCUGGUAUUCUGCACAGACCUACAAAAAGGUGUACAGUCAUUGCAUAACUCCUAUCCCAGAUCUUAGUUAG